ACACCUAACGUGGGCAAUCCGCAGUUCUGCGGUGGGAGACGGCCCCGCAUGGACGGUUCAGCGUGAAGCACCUGUGUAGUGAGGGUGAUUCUGGCUCGAGGCUCGAGCUCCAUCGCAGUUUGAUCCGAAAGCCUCCCAAGGAUUGGCGCAAGAAGCUCCUGCGGGCUUACUGUUAUCUCAUCAUGCUCAACGUCACCACUGAGGAAGUCAUGACAUGCUGCUGGAGAUGAUGAAUGAGCGGUUGGGCCAGGAUGAAGAAGAUCCUGAUUCUGCCACGACGGCCGAAGUGUUUCGGGCACUCGGCAGGUUCAAAGCUUCGGGCAGGGAGGUUGUUCGGAUCGAGGAGCACUGGCGCCAGCGGAGCUCAGGCUAUGAAGGGCAAUGAGGUCGCCAACAUGCCGAGGUGUGCUUUGCGACUUCGAGAGCUGGCUCGUCUCCGUUCUUGGUAUAACAUGGCUCAAAUGUGCGGUCACUCUCGGCUGCAGAGUAACAUGAUUAUCCACAUCGACCCUAUCGACAGCAAACAUGCCUGGUGGAAGACCGCUUUACAACAGUAAACGUUCUCCGAACAGUAAUUGGCGAAUGAGCUGAGAAGCCAACGGCAACAUCUUGACUGUUUCUGGUAGUGAGGUGCGCCACGCGGUGACGCUCAAACUUCGGACCGUCGCAUCUCCCUCCCGCCACCAUGGGAGUUGACGGGCUCGGACCGAUUGGGAACACUGCAACAAUGAAUGACAAGU